AGAUUCUUCCGUUGUCUCUGUGCCUUAUUCUCUUAUUCUUCUCCUUUUCAUUCUUUUACCUCACAUUUUUAUUAUAGCUGAAUAUUUUUGUAUUAUUUCCGAAAAAACUCAAAAUAAAUUUGGGGAAGUUGAGUAAAUGAUGCUCAAAAGUUGCGGGUUGAUAUUUAAAGGAAAGCGUUUUGUUCGUUUAUUUAUAUUUAUUGCUGUUUGCUUGGGUUUCUUAAUUGCUGUCACUAUAUUAGCAGGAUUAACAAUAUUCGAUCGUCAACACAAUCACAUUCUCCAUGACUACGUGGCACGAAACGACGAUAUUGUGGUUUUAUCGACGACAUAUUAUGAGAAUUCAAAAAGUUUUCCACCAAAUACAGCUGUAAUAUUAUUCAAUUCUGUUCAAGUAUUUCAUUUGAAAUACUCAAAUUUAAACGUGGUCGCCGAGACGAUGCAAGGAAACGUGGAAGUUCAGUUCAAAAUUCAACCAGUAAUAAAUACAAUUCCAUUUUUCUGUAAAUGGGUACCCUAUCUAGCUGUUGGGCAAGUACCCGAAGAUCAUGUUUUAUUGAAAUUAUCAACUAAUAAGAUUGAUGGAAUGGAGUUAUCCCUCCGAACUCCAUACGAAACACCACGAAAAGUUGUUGCAUGUUUCUCUCCGUUAUUUUUGAAUGAAAGAUGGCAGCUUCUUCUUGCAACUGUUGAGAUAUACUCUCAUUAUGGUGCAUUCAUGCAUUUCUAUGUGAGAUCUAUCAUUACGGAUUUGUUCAAGUUGAUUAAGGAUAACAAAAAUACCAGAAUUUCUCCUUGGUCUGCUAUAAGAAUUGGAGAAUCUCGUGCCGCGUCUCCGAUGUUCGAUCCAAACACUGAACUUGAGUUCCGGAAUCAAGCUUCAGCUAUGACUGAUUGUCUACUGCAAUAUAAGGAAGCCGCAGAGUUUAUUGUAUUUCCGGAUCCAGAUGACAUCCUUGUUCCAGUGUUGGGCAAAAAUUAUUAUGAAGAGUUUACGCAGGCGUUUAAAAUGUUCCCCACGGCCGGUGCGGUCGUUUAUAAUAUGACACAGACUUCCAUUGAAUCUUCAAUGACACCAGCGUUGUAUUCACCUAUUUCAAUGCUGGCAUCGAUGAAAUUCAAAGGAGAACAAAAAUGGGGAAAGCUGGUAGUUCGACCAGAACGAGUCGAUAGUACAUGGAUCCAUAGAUCGUAUGCAAUUAAAGAAGGAUUUGAGCAAAAAGUGAUGCCAGUUGAUGUCAAUGCAUUUUAUCAUUUGAGAAUAUGGAAAUUUCCUGAAGUUCCAACUUUCAAUAGAUCAAAAAUUUCCAAUCCUCCGUUUUUCGACCCUUAUCACUUGAAUGCGACAAAACGAGCUAUUUACAAAAUAUCGGAUGGUCUUAAAAUACAAAGAAAAUUUAAAAAUCGUGUGUCUCAGGGAACUAUGAAAACGAUUUACUCCCGACUGCCGAAAGUUUCCCUUUACUACCCACUCAUCGAAGUUUGCUACAAUCGAAUAUUCUACAGUAUGAAAGAUAUUGGAACAUGUCGAGGCCCAGAGUACUGUAACAUUCCUGCAUUCCCCGGAUUACGGUGCACAAAUGUGGCAAGCGAAUUUGUGACUUAUAAAAGUUAUCGGAAUAUCUACAUUCAUCAGCUGAUAUCAACAGAUUUUGAGGAAGGGGAUAAUGGAUGUACUCUCUAGUCUUGACGUUUCUAAGGUCUUAUUUAUUUCCUUUUUUCUCGUUUUAUACGGGUUCUCAAUUGUUUUUUAAUGUUUUUUGAUAAAUAUUUAUAAAAUACUA